AAAAGAGACUAUACAACAGUCACUUUUGUCCGAUUGUUUUAUUCGACUUUUAGUAUAAAUAAAUUCUUUAUUAUCAAUUUUGUUUAAAUUAUUAUCGUUCAUGAAUGAAUUAAUUUAUGUCAUAUAAAUAACUUUAAUUUGCACUGUAGAAUUUAAGAAGAAUUGUGAGGUUAUAUUAGAAACACGUGUUACCAAAAAGUUAGCUUAUACGAUACAAUCUAUCUUUUUAAAUGAUUAUAAUCAUUAUUUUGUAUUAAUUUCAUUUAAAAAUAUAUAAAGACAUAUUGUGUGUAGUGUGUUUUGUACAAAUUAAUUUGUAAACAUGCUACAGAAUCAUUAAAAAAGAUUGUUUAUUAAUUAUAUUAAGUACACAUUCCAUUAGCUUUAUUAUUAUUUAUUGAAAAAAAAUCGUGAUUAAAUAAUAAAAUAAAUUAUAAUAAAAAUGAAAUUCUUCACUGAGUCUGUAGCACGUUGUGCUGCACGAAUUGGUACUCUGAGUGGAUUUGAAAGAAUGCCUAAUGUUUCUUUCGAAACACCUCUACUUCUUAUUUAUACAAAGGGUGGCAGUGUACCACAUUUAACAAAAGAUGUCUUUAAGAUGAUAACAUUGGAGCAACAACUGCUCUCAGUCUCACUUUCCUCUACUGUAUUAAUGACAGAUGUUAUUAAAGAGUUUAAUACUUCUUUCGCUGAUUUUGUUAGUAUGAAGGAAUACAUAAAUUUUUUAUCAAUACAUGAUCCUGCAUAUACUACAAAUCCUGGCUUUCAGCAAUUAGACUCCAUUUCUGUCUGGUCCAGAACAGGAAGAAAUGUUUUUACUGCUAAUAAAUAUAUGGACCUUGUGCAAACUUAUAAACCAGAUCUCUAUGUUGCAUUAUGUGAUGGAGAUACAAAUAUUAAUAGUAGUACAAAACGAGUGUCAAAAGCAGUUCUGCGAAGCAAAACUUUAUUAGAACAAUGUUUAGAUAUACAUCUACAUUCAGAUACAUUAAAAACUAAAGGAAUAUUAGGACCAGUGGAAGGUGGUUACAAUUUACAAGCCAGGGAGGAAUCCAUAAAUUAUUUAAAAGAUAAACCUUUGACAGGAUGUGUUAUAGAUGGAUUACAUAAUAAUGGUCCAAGUGUACAGAAUAUUUCAACAGAACAAAUCAAAGAAGUAGUACAGCAUACCAUUAAUUUACUACCUACUAAUAAAAUGAGAGUAUCAAUGGGUUGUUGGAAUCCAGUUACUGUACUUGAUCUCAUUGAAUUAGGAGUGGAUGUAUUUGAUUCAUCCUAUCCUUACGUAAUUACUGAACAAUCGGAAGCUUUGACUUUCAUGUGCAAUCAUGAUAUUUGUGAUCAAUAUAAGAUGUCAAUAGUGGAAAAAAUAUAUAAAGACGACUUUUCUCCUAUUUGUAAAGAAUGUGAAUGUCUUACAUGUCAAAAUCACACACGAGCGUAUCUCCAUCAUUUGCAUCACACAAAAGAAAUGCUUGGUUUAGUACUUUUAAUGAUACAUAAUACUCAUCAUUAUCUUCAAUUCUUUAUUGCUAUUCGUGACAGUAUAAAAAAUGGAACGUUUAAUCAUCUUCAGACAAAAAUUCGUUUAAAAUAUACAUCUCCCAACUCUAAAUUUUCUCCCACCACUGUAUAAAUGCUUC